UGUCAGAGAUAGUAGAGAGAGAGAGAGAGAGAGAGAGAGAGAGAGAGAGAGAGAGAGAGCACCCACCCUGGUCACUUCGUCAGUGCAUAUCAAACCCUCCUUCACUCGGCGCCUCCGUCCAGGCAUUUCACCUCUCCAAAAGGCCGUCUAGCUGCUGGGCGGACCUCUACUUUCACACUCAAAUUUAGUACAAAUAUCCACUUUCUCUCCGGAGCUGUCAAAGUAGAAGAAGCGAGAGACAGGGGAGCGACAUGGCAACGACAACCUGUACGCGAUUCACAGACGAGUAUCAGCUGUACGAGGAGCUGGGGAAGGGAGCAUUUUCAGUGGUGCGCAGAUGUGUGAAGCUGUGUACAGGACAGGAGUAUGCUGCCAAAAUAAUCAACACCAAAAAGUUAUCUGCAAGAGACCACCAGAAGUUGGAGCGAGAGGCUCGAAUUUGUCGUCUUUUGAAACACCCUAACAUUGUUCGUCUACAUGACAGUAUAUCAGAGGAGGGCUUCCACUACCUCCUCUUUGACUUGGUGACCGGAGGUGAACUGUUUGAGGACAUCGUAGCCAGAGAGUAUUACAGCGAGGCAGACGCCAGUCAUUGCAUCCAGCAGAUCCUGGAGGCGGUGCUUCACUGCCAUCAAAUGGGUGUGGUGCACCGGGACCUAAAGCCAGAGAACCUGCUCCUUGCAAGCAAAUGUAAGAAUGCAGCAGUGAAGCUGGCCGACUUUGGCCUCGCCAUCGAGGUGCAGGGGGAUCAACAGGCCUGGUUUGGAUUUGCUGGCACACCGGGGUACCUGUCCCCUGAGGUAUUAAGGAAGGAGGCAUAUGGCAAACCUGUGGACAUCUGGGCUUGCGGGGUGAUCCUCUACAUCCUGCUGGUGGGUUACCCUCCUUUCUGGGAUGAGGACCAGCACAAGCUGUACCAGCAGAUCAAAGCCGGGGCUUACGAUUUCCCUUCCCCUGAGUGGGACACAGUCACCCCAGAGGCCAAGAACCUGAUCAACCAGAUGCUGACUAUAAACCCAGCCAAGAGGAUCACUGCUCAGGAGGCCCUUAAGCACCCAUGGGUCUGCCAACGGUCCACAGUGGCCUCUAUGAUGCACAGACAGGAGACUGUGGAGUGCCUGAAGAAAUUCAAUGCCAGGAGGAAACUCAAGGGGGCCAUUCUUACUACCAUGCUGGUUUCUCGAAACUUCUCUGUCGGCAGCAGGCAGACCACCGCUCCAGCCUCUGUCACUGCAGCCGCGGCAGCAGUGGCUGCAGCCGCCGGCACCACAGCAGGGCUGGUGGAACAAGCAGCUAAGACCUUGCUCAACAAAAAGGCAGAUGUCAAGAAACGCAAGUCCAGCUCUACUGUCCAGUACAUGCCCCAGACAAACAGCACCAAAAACAGCAUAGUCACCAGCCCCAAAGGAAACAUCCCUUCACCUGCUCUGGAACCUCAAACAACUGUCAUCCAUAAUCCAGUGGACGGGACGAAGGAAUCAUCGGACAGCAGCAACACCACUGUGGAGGACGAGGAUGUGAAAGCACGCAAACAAGAAAUCAUCAAGAUCACCGAGCAGCUGAUUGAGGCAAUCAACAAUGGAGACUUUGAGGCUUAUGCUAAGAUCUGUGACCCUGGCCUCACUUCGUUUGAGCCGGAGGCGCUUGGUAACCUGGUAGAGGGGAUGGACUUCCACAGAUUCUACUUUGAGAACCUUUUGGCAAAGAACAGCAAGCCCAUCCACACCACCAUCUUAAACCCCCACGUCCAUCUCAUUGGCGAGGACGCCGCCUGCAUCGCUUACAUCCGCCUGACUCAGUAUGUUGACGGCCAGGGUCGGCCGCGGUCCAGCCAGUCAGAGGAAACUCGCGUUUGGCAUCGCAGAGACAGCAAGUGGCAGAACAUCCACUUCCACUGCUCAGGCGCACCAGCCGCACCAUUACAGUGAGGGUUGAAUGACAAAGUUUUUUCUGUGAAGAAUGCUCUGCUGGAGAGAAAGGAAGAGGAAGAAGAGGAGGAAGGGUUGAAAGAACAAGUCUGUUGUUAGUUUGGAGACAGGGCCGCUCACCCUUCAACAACAAACCCUCCCUCACUAGAAGCCCUGACUUAAACCCCACGCGCGCAUCUCUUCUUUUACGACUACUGCCCCCUGUCUGUCACCUGUCCUACAACAUCUUCUGACAAACGUCAAACAACAGCAAGAGAACGUCCAACAGCAAGAAGACCUUCACCCUCCUCCUGCUUCUUCUGCUUGGCUGAUUGGUGGGGGCGGGGCUGUUUUCAGCACUCAGUGUGAUACCUUCUUCCUGUGGUCUGUCCCCCAAAUUUUGUAAAGCCAACCCUCUUGUCCUCCUGUGAAUUCACACUUGUGUGACAAAAACACUGCACUGGAAAUACAGUCUGUAAAGUUUUAAGUCAAAUCUACUACUAUCAUUACUAUAUUAUUAUCAUUGUUAUUACGAUUAUUAUUAUUACGACACAUUUGCAAAUGUAUAUGUAAUUUGUAUCAUUGAAAAUUCUUGAUGCCAGUGGUUUUUAGAGUUGAAAAUGUUUUUUUUCUCGAUCUUUUUAAGGAAGCAUGUUUUUUUCCUCAUAUUAACAUUAGCUGUUUAUUAUUGUUGCUUUUAAGUAGGAAAUGAUAUUGGCCGUUUUGUAAUUUGCUUGGUUAGCUAAAAUAUUGUGCCCAAAAACAUGGACAGUAUUUUAUUUUUUUUUGCUUGUUUUUUGGCUUAUCUUUUAGUGUGUGUUUGUGUGAACUGUGGUUAUGUCAGCCAGACAAAAAGUGUGUGCAUAUUUUCUCAUUCUUACAUGUAGACUGCAUUGUUGGAAGAUUUUUUAUUUUUUUUGUUAAUCAUGGCAAUGUGCAACACCAGGGGUGUGUUUAACUAAGCGCUGUGUCUUCCUGCAUCAAACCUCCACAACCAAUUGGAGUUUAUAUAUAUAUAUAUACAUAUAUACUGUCUAUUUGGACACUAGAACAUUAGCAUAAUAUAUAUUUGCUUUACCACAAACCAAAUACAACUUGUUCACAGCUUUUCUUUAGUAUAAAUAUUGUAUUAUGAUGAAUUUUAACAGUGUUACACAUACUUUUUUGAAAUUAUCUUGCAUAUGUAUGCUAAGAAAAGUUUCUCAAACUUAGACUUGGCAAAUCAUUUCCUGCUCAGUAAAACUAUUUAUGGGAAAAAACAUGAAAAUCAAACAUGUUUUUCUCAUCACACCAGAAUUACAACCUGAAGCAUAUCGAUAGAGGCCUCUGUCAUGAAAUAGCUUGGUAUAGCCUGAUAAGUGAAGUGAAAUUUGUCAGUGUGACAUUGAACAUAUUGUUUUAAUUACCAUGUUAUUUCAUGACAUAGUGGGUUUAAUUGUACUUGCUAAACAUCCACCUUUCUUCACACGCAGUAAGGUCCUUAUCAGUAUUGAAGAAUCAAGCGUGUGUGCGUCGGGCUUCUGUUCUGUGCUGUUCGGGCAGUCCUUUGCUACAGGGUGCAAUAUUUGUGUGCAGUAUGGGUGCAGUAUGUGUGUGUCUGCUAGCAUGUACAGUACAUCCAUUGAUCUUUACUUUUUUUUUGGAGGUGUGUGUUGCGUGAGUAAUGUAAAGGGAAGGAUUUGUUUCAGAGGACAUAUCAGUCCCCUGCCUUCAGCGAAGGAUUUUAUUUUCCUUAUGAUUUGAGUGUGUCUCCCCUUUUUUUAAAUGUAUUAUCAGCUUUUUAUGAUUCAAAGUGCUCGUGCCAGGGGUUAGCAAUACUCUGCAGCACUGAAAACUGUUUUUUUUUUUGGGGGGGGGGAGGGUUGACUUGCAGUCCACUCCUCUGUCUUUUGCUCUCGCACCAUUGGCUGCCUUCACAUUUGUCUCUCCCCUAUUGGUCAGACCAAGAUAUGAAGAGACCGGGCAGUCGGUUUGGUGAAAAGUCCUCAGGUUUUUAUUUAUUUUGAAUAUUUAUUUAUUUAUUUUAGUUGAUAUUUUUGUUGUGCUUUGUUGUUGUUAUAUUGUACAGCUCAUGCACUUGUGCAAAUAGUCUCUGCUCUUUAAAAGGGACUCUGCUUCAUGUAAACCAUGUUUUUAAAGGGAUAGUACGUCAAAUUUGCAUCCUGCAUGUGUUUUCUGCAAAGACCAACAUGGUGUGAAUUUCUGUUUGCAGCUAUCAGCCUUCUGCGUCUUUAGGUUAAAGUUGUUUUCUGAUAUUAUUUGUUUUAUUGUGUCCAUUUUCUUUUUCACUUUGGGUUGUUGUGAGUGCCAGAGUUGAAGGUACAUCAUAGGGAUUGUAUUUUGUGUGAACUGUCCCUCUAAAAGCCUUUUUGGAACAUAUUUUUCAAGUUGAACCACUGACGUCGUUUUGUAACCCUUGUCCCAUCAAGUACCAGUGUCGAUGUCUAGUUGACCCCGUUUUAUACUGAAAUCAGUCAAAGGUUACAUAAAGCUGUUAAUCGUGCUAACCUGCCAAGACCCCCCACACCUCUGAAAAUAAGAAGACAUAGCAGCAUGUACAGUAUUGUAAGUGUAAGUACAGUAAGUGUUUACUAGCCUUGAAAGUCAAUAUAAGAUUCACAUACUUAAAACAAGGGAGUACACAAUAUUACACAACAACUAACUAGCAGCAUAGCUGGCAUUUUUUCUUUGCAUGACCGUCAACAGGACAUUUGUUUUUGGUGGUUUCCCUUUUAUUUGGUUUCUCAUUUUCUACUGAAUGCCGUUUUACUCGACCUCUCUGUCUAUUAUCUCAACUUUUAAAGUGCAUAUAACUAUUUUUGUCUCAAGAGGAUAUAAUGAAGAGGAUUAUAGUGAUAAGGAUGAAGAUAUCAUUGACAGUGGCGCUAUGAGGAUUGCAACAUUGACAAUGAUAAUGAUGUGAUGGUUAUUUUGCAUGCUCUUUGUUGUCUGUGCUGGUGCUGCACUCAGCCUUGCAUGUCAGUUUGAGGAACAGCACCUGAGCCCCAGCAGGGGGCGCACUAACACAGGAACCCACAAACACACAGAUGGAUGUGGCCGCACAAAAAGAUGACUUAAGUCUCAAAUCUAAAAUAAAAUGUAGACAGAGACAUCACUUGAAAUAUAAAGAAUAACUCAAAUGUUACAUUGUUAUUAUUUGUAACAGCUGCACAAUUAUGAGAAAACUUAGCAUCCUGAUUACAGUUUGACUUGAUCAUUGUUUCAUGAGUGUUCUCAUUCAGUUUGGGAUAGAAAUUUAUUUAAAAUAAUGCACCAACAAAUCUGAUAGAUCAGGAUUCUGUGUGACUGAUUAAAGUGGAAAUCAUGGUUAAGAUUAUGUAGAUGAAUUUUGCAGCUCUUCUGUACUAUUGCAGUGAUUCUCUGCUGAAUUCCUUUUGGCUAUUUGGUCUGAUGAAGUUUUACUGAUAUAAUCUGUAGCUGCUUUGUCCACUCUGCCAUCUCUCUGCAGACAGUGACUGAGCUGCACUGACAACACUGAGCUAGCUUCUCUUUGAAGGGUGUCUGUCACUCUCUCUCUCCUCUUUCUCUGUUUGCAACUUUAUUCAAUCAUUUCUCUGCAGCUGCUCCUUUCUAAUUUCCCCAUGUAUCUUUUUGUCACUAUUCUUCUGUAUAAUGUUGAUAAUCCUCUAGUUCUCUGAUUCUUCAGCUUAUUGCUCCGUUCUCUUACGUGCUACACGUGUUUCUAUAACUUCAAGAAAAUGUGUUAAGGUGUUAUCAAUAAAAGGAUCGUUUAAAUAGAAAA